UAGGCGCCGCGGGGAAUGGCGGGAAGAAAGCCACUGGGGCCCAUAGGGCGCAUCCGGUGGCUGUUUGAGGAUCUCUCCGGAGCCGUACAGGGCGAAGGAGUAGGAGGAGCGAGCAUAUGGAGGACUUUCUCCCGGACGCGGGAGUGGAAGCACGCGCCUCACCGUGACUGCUAUCAUUAUGGCUGGACAUUGGGUCCCGGCGGCGGUAAAGCGUCAGUAUCGUCAGUAAGAAUGGCCUAUAAGGAGAAUGUGACCCCUUGCGCUGGUAUCAGCCUGGCAAAGCAUGGGGUGCUAAGUGGGGUGGGCCCCCAGCGAGUCCCACGGAAAGAUCCCUACAUGGCCAUCGGCACCCCCUCUGAGUUGCUGCUGGCGCAGAGAGCCAUGGCCAGCACCAAUAAAAUCAUCCUGAAGCCUCCUAGCAUCCAGAAGCCAGCCAUCGCAGGCAGGGUGCUUGCCGAACCCAAUUCCGGUGCCCAGAGUGCUCAGCCCACUCCCCAGAGAGUCUUUACCAUCAACGACUUUGAGAUUGGGCGGCCACUGGGCAAGGGCAAGUUUGGCAAUGUGUACCUGGCCCGGGAGCGGGACUCCAAGUUCAUCGUGGCACUCAAGGUGCUCUUCAAGUCACAGAUGGAGAAGGAGGGCGUGGAGCACCAGCUGCGGCGGGAGAUCGAGAUCCAGGCCCAUCUCCAACACCCCAACAUCCUGCGCCUCUACAACUACUUCCACGACAAGAAGCGGGUCUACCUGAUCCUGGAGUACGCGCCCCGCGGCGAGCUGUACAAGGAGCUGCAGAAGUGCCGGCAGUUUGAUGAGCAGAAGACAGCCACAUUCAUGGAGGAGCUGGCGGAUGCACUCAUUUACUGUCAUGCCAAGAAGGUGAUACAUCGGGACAUCAAGCCGGAGAACCUGCUCAUGGGCCUCAAAGGCGAACUAAAGAUCGCUGACUUCGGCUGGUCCGUGCAUGCGCCCUCGCUCAGGCGGAGGACCAUGUGUGGCACACUGGAUUACUUGCCCCCCGAGAUGAUUGAGGGCAAGACUCAUGAUGAGAAGGUGGAUCUUUGGUGCAUCGGGGUGUUGUGUUAUGAACUGCUGGUAGGACACCCACCCUUUGAGAGCUCCACCCACACGGAGACAUAUCGCCGUAUUACCAAGGUGGAUCUGCAGUUCCCGCCGUUCAUGUCAGAAGGCUCCCGGGACCUGAUUACGAAGCUACUGCGUCACAAUCCUGCGGAGCGGCUGCCGCUGCGGGCUGUGCUGGAGCACCCCUGGGUGAAGGCCCACUCUCGGCGGGGGUUGCCACCCGUCUUUACUCCCGCCUCUGCCAACUAGCCCUGCCCCACAGCAUCUAUCACCCUUCUGCAAGGGGGAGCAGUCACAGUGGUCCCCCUCUCGGCUGGUCCCAGCCAAAGGCAGGUGGCUGCCACGCAUGUUCAGAACGAAAAGUAAAGGACCAUGGCUCCAGAGAGUUUCUCAGUUUUGAGGGAUCUGGCUCCAGGGCCCCUCCCCAGUUGUCCCUUUUGCUGACUGCGUUCCUGGCUGUCCAGCCAUUUGCGACCCUUGGGAUGUCAGGGAGUCCCUGCCUGCCUCUUUUCCUGCCUCUGUGCCACGGGGCCAGGAGCUGCCCUGGAAUGGCCUGUUUUAAAUGUGUCUGGGGGCGCUGCACCCUCCUUUCUAAUAAAAGUUGGAGUUAUUUUUC